ACAUGAUUAUUAAAGCGUGGGAUGACUCAGAUAUUCCUAUAUCUGAAAAAAUAAGUGGAGCAAAAAGUAAUCGUGAUAGUCUUUAUCUUGCUGAUUGGCAAAAAAUUGAGCCUUUAUUAUUAAAACUCGAAAGAAUUAAUGGAGAGACGGAUUAUAGGAAUUAA